AUGCUCUUCUCUUCUUCUCUUCCUCUGUCUCACCAUCUAGCAAAUCGCGGGCUUAGAUGCUCUCUCAAACUAGGGUUUGAGACCGCAUAUCACUAUCGCAUCUCUCGAUCCUCUUGUCCUCGUCCUCCGUUCGCGUCACUGACGGCGCUUCUCAAGCGAUCGGUUUAUUCUCUCCGGGUAGGUGAGUUCCGGAUUUGGGUUACUGGUGGUGAAGAACGGUUUCGGAUAAUCACUACUGAUAGAUUGCUAGGGAUUGCUAGGUACACUUGA